AUGUCUCAACAUGAACACAACAACCAUGUAAUUGAUGAUGAUCCUCUCAGCACCAUUCACCAUAACGUCCAACAAACUCAACAACACAAAAUUAUUCCCAGAUCUAAACUCUGCGAUUUGGAUCUCGAUACUUUGGAGUUGGUGUUGAGCUAUUUUACAGGAGCAAGUGAAAUUGAAUCUCUCAAAUAUUCAUGUCGAAAUUUAUUCCGAAUGUUAUCGGGUGGUUGGAAUUUGUUGGGUGAUGACUGCAAAUUGACGUCUGAAAUUGAGGAAAAUAUAAUGGAAAUGUAUUCGAACAAUCGUAUCAAUGAGAGAAUGGAAAAUAUGUAUUUACCGAGAGUUUAUUUAAAUGUGGCGUUUGGAGUUGAGGACAACACUCAAAGUAGGAUUGACAGUGAGGAAGAAGAACUCGAAAAUCCAAGUCUCUUACUGCAACAAUUCAUAGAACUAUUUGGAAAACAAAAUUGUAAACAAAUUGCAGAAUUUGAAGUAGAAGUUGUGAUUGAUUGGGAACAAUCAGAUGCUCUUUUGGAGUGUUUAGAUGGUAUCUAUGGGCCAACUCCGCCAACAUUAGGAAUUGAUGACGACAACAAUGACUUGCAAUCCAACAUUACCAAACCUGCGAUUAACAUGACCUAUCAUGCAAAAACAGAAGAGAAGAGACAGAAACUGAUUAAUCAACAUGUCACAAUUAAGGACAGGUUGAAAAAAUGGCGCAGUCAGUAUCCGACAUUACUCACGUGCACGAAAAAGAUGACUGCGAAUCCUUUCAGAGUAUUUAAAAAGUUUAUUCUGCAUAUCCAUAUAACCGAAAAAUACGAAACAACCAGAGGAAUACCUAGAGAAUCAAUUAUUCGAUUGAACAAUAGGAGAAGGUACUACGCACUUUUCGAAACAGUCGAUUCAUAUAUCAUUGACCUAUACCUUGGAGUUGUAGUCGAACAUUACAAACGAGUAUUAGCUUUUAGAAAACUUACAAUUUGGCGAUCUUCUCUCGAGGAAAAGCUCAAGGAUGUUGCAAAAAUUUCUUUAUAUGUAUUCUUUUAUUUUCGCUUAAUACCCAUUAUGGACAAGUGUGAAAUACCUCUAAAGAAAGUGUACAGCGAUGUGGAAAUGAAUUAUCUCAGUAGAUUGCUUCAACAUGGUGAGAUACCAAAAAUCUACAAAUUUUUAACACUUCAUCAAAAUCUUAUUUGUAGAUAUCGAAGGCAAAUCAUGAACAAGAAAAUUGCUUUGCCCUCUAUCAAGGAAGUUGAUUAUGAGCGUGGCCAAGUGGGAUCUCUUGCAAUGAUUAAUUAUUUCAAUUUAGUCUCAUUUGACACUAUGAACGAUAAUCAGAGAAUACAUUUCGUUCGGACUGCCCUCCAACACAUUUACAAGUCAGAACUUUCAAUAUCUGACGAAUGGAGAGAAAAAUAUUUCACACAAUUUGGAAUUGGAAAAGAUGAUGAAAUUCAAGUCGAGCGACCUUUGACAAAUGAACAACUGCUGCUAACAUUUACAUUUCAAACUUUAGAAUUCGAUCGAACCACAACGAAAAUGAAGCACAAUAUUUUCUCUCUGCCCAGGUAUCCACAAGUGAGUGUCUCGAGUAUGAGUCACACUCGUCCAAGUGAUAAGAGAUUAUUUCACGUCACUGCAGGAAUUGGAACUUUGGACAAGUGUUGUGUUGAAAAAUGGUGCGACGUACCUCUUCUUUCUCUAUGCAACUGUUCAUGCAUUUUAUGCUGCUGGUGCAUGACUUCUUGUUGUUGCUACAAGACCAACAAUUUCAUUGGAAACUCUUUAAGAUCAUGUGGAUAUCCAUAUUGGAUGGCGUCUCUAGCUGAUUUGUGUUGCUGUGUGAGUCAUAGAAUUCUGCCUUCACUCGAUCUUUCAUUUUGUUGUGAUGUCUAUAACAGUUUUUAUUCUACACCAUCAGGGAAAUAUUAUACAAGAUAUUCACAAUGGGAGGAACAUGAUCACUUUUAA